UUCGAUUUUACAAGCUUUUUGUGCAUAAGAUUGAUUGUGCGUUCUCGGCUUCCUGAUCUUGCUCAUGCCGCAUAUGACUCACCCUGUGUUCUGCUACCACUCCAGGCAUGGUCUGUAGCAUUAGACAUCUAUAAACGGCAAUCAAAUGUUUCACAACGAAGCAUCGCAAACCCUGAAUGCCUUGGAGCCGAAAGUCGAUGUUCUUACUAGCCAAUGAAAACGCUCCGUUUCCGAGCCCGCGAAUGGCCGGAUAGCAGCAGUACCUGGCGUAUGACUCUGGACAGUGGAGACAUUGGCGGGGUGUGCCACUCGAAGUCAACCUACGCUCAUCUCUGUGAUCUUGCUGUGGACAAUGCUCAAAGGCUUGACAACCUUAUAUAAAGACUGCAUGCAGGUGAGUUGGAACGAAGAGCGAAGGGAAGUUCGUCAAUUCACUUAUCUUCCGCUUUUCCCAUACUUUUUAUCUCCGUUCAACUGGAUACUCAUUGAGUGUUUACCUCCAUCAUGACCGACAACAUCGAAACUGCCUAUCAGAAGGCUAUCGACGACGGGAAGAUCAACGGAGCUGUCAUUUGUGCUACCGAUGCAGAGGGCCGCUUCGUAUACAACAAGGCACUAGGAGAGCGGACAUUGCUGUCCGGGGAGAAACGUCCGCAGCGGCUUGACGACGUGCUGUACUUGGCCUCAGCCACGAAGCUUAUCACCACCAUCGCUGCCCUUCAGUGCGUAGAGGACGGUUUGCUGACUCUAACUGGCGAUUUGUCCUCCGUUGCUCCCGAGCUCGCCGCCAAACAAGUCAUCACAGGCUUUUCUGACGAUGGCGAGACUCCUUUGCUUGAGCCGGCGAAAAGGCCCAUUACGCUCGAGAUGUUGCUUACGCACAGUGCCGGCGUCAGCUACUUCUUCAUGAACCCGCUCCUCGCCCGAUGGCGGGAGAAGUUCGAUCAUCCGCAGGAAGGUAUACGCAGGCCUGUAGAGGAAGCGUUCAGAGAGCCGCUCGCUUAUCAACCUGGCGAAGGUUGGAUGUAUGGCACAGGGCUCGACUGGGCCGGCCGCAUUGUGGAGAGGGUGACUGGUCUCACGCUAGGCGAGCGAAUGCAGCAGCGCAUAUUCGACCCGCUCGGCAUCGAUGCUGCCCAGUUCCAUCCCGUUACGAGAGAGGACUUGCGCGCCCGUAUGGUCGAUCUGAACCCGCAGGACCCGGAAGGUCUUGGUAUCGCGGUACUAGGCGGGUCGGCCGACAUGAACAAACGCUCUGACGGAGCGUUCGGCGGCCAUGGCCUGUUCAUGACCGGCGCAGAUUACGCCAAAGUGCUGCACUCUCUCCUGGCAAAUGAUGGCAGGCUACUUUCACCAGCCACGGUUGAAGACAUGUUCACGCAUCACUUGAGUCCCGAGUCCACGGCUGCGCACCAGGCCGCGCUGGCAAGCCCUAUGGGUGUGUUCUUCCGGUGUGGUGUGGAUCCUGCAACGAAGGCUGGCCACGGCUUGGGCGGCUUGUUGACGCUGCAGGAUGUCGAAGGCUGGUAUGGUGAGCGCACGUUGACUUGGGGCGGCGGUCUCACGCUGACCUGGUUCAUCGAUCGCAAAAAUGGCCUGUGUGGCGUUGGCGCUGUUCAAGCAUCGCUACCGAUUGAUGCCGGGAGCAUAGAGGCCUUGAAGCAGACUUUCCGGCACGAUAUCUACCGCAAGCAUGCCGCGUGGAAGCAGUAGCAGCAGCCCGCAGAGUGAGCAAUAUAAUGGAAGUCCUUCAGGGCUGAAUUUCAAACCAGUUACCCGGGGAGCCGAUAACCGAUAAUGCUGUAGAAAUAGGCACUUUGUGGCUACAGGCUCUGGUGUUUGUUAGGCCCUGGAACCCACAGCGACACUCUGCUACUCUGCAUGAUGAUAAUUUUUCAGUGGCUUGCAAUGCAAGGGGGCCGAAACACCACUGUCGCAGUGGCGGCAUCAAG